AUGCUAUUAUAUUUGAUGAUAUUCAUAUGGUCCUUUUUAUUAUGUGAUAUAUAUGAAACACUAAAUAUAAGAAAGAGCAUAGAUAGUAAAUUAACACAUUUAAAUAAUAAUAAUAUUGAAUGUCCAUUGUAUAUAAAUAAUUAUCGCAAUAAGAAGAGUAAGUAUUUUCAAUUUAUUGGAAAUAAUAAUAUUAUAAAAAAAGGUAAAGAUAUAAAUAAUAACAAAAUUAAUUUAUUUGGAUUUAAUAGUAAAGAAGAAAUAAAUAAAAGAACAAAAAAGGAUUUAAUAAUAGAAAAAUAUGAAUAUAAAAAUGGAAAUGUAUUUUUAUAUACCAAAUUAUUUGUAAAUAAUGAGGAAAAGAAAUUUAUAAUUGAUUUAUGUAGUGAUAAUAGUUUUAUAUUUGAAAAAAGAUUAAAUGACGAGUUAUUAAAAUAUAAUAAUAAGGAGGAGGAUGAGGAGGAAGAUGUAUUGGCACAAGAUAAAUUUUUAUUGGAACGUUCUAAAAAAAAUGAAGGUUUUAAUUUACAAUAUGAAAAAAAAGAUAUAGAGAAUAUAAAAGAAUUAUUUCAUUUAAAUAAUGCACAAGUAGAUAUAAAAAAAGUAGUUAAUAUAAAAGAUGAAGAUGAAAAAAAAGUUCGAUUUUAUGUAAUAAAUAAUGAAGAAUUAGAUAUGAAUUUCUAUGGAAUUAUUGGUUUUAAUUUUUUUAAAAAUUAUGAUAAGUUUAUUUUAGAUACUGUUCAAAUGAAAAUAUUUCUUAAUUCGAAUGAAAACGAAAUGUCUAUAAAAGAAUUAUAUUCUGAUGAUUAUAGUGAAUAUGGAAUAUAUGAUGAAAAAAAAAAAAAAGGAAAUGAUAUCCAAAAUAAUGAAGAAGAUAAAGAUGGAUAUUAUAAGAUAAAAUUAUAUGAUUAUUUUAAUAAUAUAAAAUAUUUUAAUGUAUCUCUUGAUAAUAAUGUUGAUAAUACAUAUUAUAAAGGUAUCUUAGACACUGGAACUUUGAAUACAAUUCUUCUUAAUAAUAGAACAAAUGAUUACAAUAAUAAUGAUAUGAAUACAACUAUAACUAUUGAGAAUGUAUUAAAAAAUAAAUAUAAAAUACAUAAAACUAAUAUUAAUCAUAUAAAUAUUAUAAGCAAUGAGAAUCAUAAGAUACCUGUUGAUUUACAAACAAAUAUUUAUUCAGGUCAUUUAGAAUAUAUGAAUAAAGAUGUCAUUUUAUUAGGUUUAGAUUUUUUAUUAAAAAAGAAAUUCUUAUUUGAUUUAAAAAACAAUAUUCUUAUCAUUCCAAAAAAAUAUUUGAAUCAAACAAAUCAAAUCUAUAACAAAAAUGAUUAUGCAUAUAGUAAUAAAAUGCUAAUUCCAAAUCAGAAACAAAACAUAACAAAUCCGCAACAAAACAUAACAAAUGAACAAGUAAUGAAUGCAAAUAAUCAUAUGGAUGAAUUACUAAUUGAAGAUAAAUGUAGAGAUAUUUAUAAUAAAUUAAAAAAUAAAGAAUUAAAUUUUCUAAAAAUUACAAAAGAAUUAGAAAAUGAAAAUAUUUAUAUGAAAGACUGUAAAAGUACAAAUGAUGUCAUAAAAAAAUAUGCUAUUAAAUUAUUAUAUGGUUCUGAAUAUUUAAAAAAAAAUGAUAAAAAUAUUGAUUAUGAAAAAAGAUAUAAUGAAGUUAUCGACUUUUUUAAAAAAUUAAAUAAUGAAGACAAACAAAAUAUGCUAAAUAAAAUAGUAAAUAAUAUUUUAUUAAAAACAAAUAGUUCUAAUAGUAAUUAUGAUAAUGAUCAAAAAGAACAUUCUUCUAAUGAAGGAUAUGAAAAAGCUUCAGAUAUUAUAAAUAAGUUUGUAAAUUAUGAAAUUAAUAAUAAUAUAUAUUCCUUACAUAAAUUUAAAUCAUCAAAUGUAAAUAAAUUUAAUGAAAAAGCAGAAGAACAAGAAUUCAAAUUUUUAUAUAAUCUAUAUGAAACACAUCCAGAAUAUAGUUUUGAAAUUUUAAAUGAUUUUAAAAAAGAAUUAUCUUCGAAAAAAAUAUCAUAUAGUGAUUGUAAUGAUGAAAAGGAUAUAAUAAAAAAAGUUGCACACUCGAGAGUAUUUAAUAAAAAUAAAAAUAAUAAUAACAAUAAUAAUAACAACAAUAAUAAUAAUAGAAGAAAAAAUGUUAUUGUAAGGAAAUAUUCAGAUGAUGGUAAUAACAUACAUACACAAAUUAUUAUAAGGGGUAAUGGUCUUAAUAAUAAUAUGAAUACAUCAGAUGAUGAAAAUCAAAAUGAUUAUCAAUAUAAUAAUUUAGAUAAAAUAGAUGAUCUAUUUCCAAAUUCUAUUUUUUCAGGCCUCUUAAAAAAUUUCUUCAUGGAAAAUAAUAAUAAUUAUAACAAUAAUAAUAAUGAUGAUCAUGAUGAUAUAAAUGAAUCCAUUGAUCAUCAUAACUCAUCAGAUGUUAAUCAGAAUGAUUUGUUUUCUGAGUUAAAUAAUUUUUUUGGAUUCGGUAAUUUAGCAGAUGGUAUGUUCGGACGAAAAAAAAAAAAAAAAGUUCUUGGAUUUAAAACUAAAGAACCACAAACUACUCUUGAAAAUAAUAAAGAAAAUACAGAUGAUAAUAUUACACAGGCAAUUAAACAAGAAAAAGAUGUAGAUAUUAUUUAUCUUCUAAAUAAAGUACAAAAAUUAAAUGAUAUGAAUUUAAAAAAUUUUAUAUUACAAUCUUUGAAUAAUCAAAAUGUCAGAAAAAUAUUAGUAGAUGCGGUCAAAAAAGGAUAUACAAAUACAUAUGAACAAUGUAAGAAAGAAAAUGAUAACAAGAGUAUGUAUCUAUUACAAAUGUUGAAGCAAUCAGGAAUUUUCUAA